GGUGGCAAGUACGUGCCCCGCGCCGUCCUAGUGGACCUGGAGCCGGGCACCAUGGACUCGGUGCGCUCGGGGCCCUUUGGGCAGAUCUUCAGGCCGGACAACUUCGUUUUCGGUCAGAGCGGUGCCGGGAACAACUGGGCCAAGGGGCAUUACACGGAAGGAGCAGAGCUGGUUGACUCAGUGCUGGAUGUUGUGAGGAAGGAGGCAGAGAGCUGUGAUUGCCUCCAGGGUUUCCAGCUGACCCACUCCCUGGGUGGGGGGACCGGGUCUGGGAUGGGUACCCUCCUCAUCAGCAAGAUCCGGGAGGAGUACCCAGACAGGAUCAUGAACACCUUCAGUGUGGUGCCCUCCCCCAAAGUGUCGGACACAGUGGUUGAGCCAUACAAUGCCACCCUCUCAGUCCACCAGCUUGUAGAAAACACAGAUGAGACCUAUUGCAUUGAUAACGAAGCCCUCUAUGACAUUUGCUUCCGCACCCUAAAGCUGACCACACCCACUUACGGUGAUCUGAACCACUUGGUGUCUGCUACCAUGAGUGGGGUCACGACCUGCCUUCGAUUCCCUGGCCAGCUCAAUGCUGACCUUCGGAAGCUGGCUGUGAACAUGGUGCCCUUCCCCCGCCUGCACUUCUUCAUGCCUGGUUUUGCACCCUUGACCAGCCGGGCCAGCCAGCAGUACCAUGUUCUCUCAGUGCCCGAGCUCACCCAGCAGAUGUUUGAUGCCAAGAACAUGAUGGCUGCCUGUGACCCCCGGCACGGCCGCUACCUCACCGUGGCUGCAGUGUUCAGGGGCCGCAUGUCCAUGAAGGAGGUGGAUGAGCAGAUGCUCAAAAUGCAGAACAAGAACAGCAGCUACUUUGUUGAGUGGAUCCCCAACAACGUGAAGACAGCGGUCUGUGACAUCCCACCUCGGGGGCUAAAAAUGUCUGCCACCUUCAUCGGCAACAGCACCGCCAUCCAGGAGCUGUUCAAACGCAUCUCCGAGCAGUUCACAGCCAUGUUCCGGCGCAAGGCCUUCCUGCACUGGUACACCGGUGAGGGCAUGGAUGAGAUGGAGUUCACGGAGGCGGAGAGCAACAUGAAUGACCUGGUGUCCGAGUACCAGCAGUACCAGGACGCCACAGCUGAGGAGGAGGGCGAGUUUGAGGAGGAGGCAGAGGAGGAGGUAGCCUAGAGCUGGCUCAGCAGCUAACGCCAGGGAGCAGUGUGAACUCUUUAUUCACUCACAGCCUGUCUGCUAGCCCUGUCCACUGUGUUCUUGCUGUCCUGUCUUGACAUCAUGUGUUGUACAGACACCAUUAAAGCAUUUUCAUAGUGUG